AUGGAGUAUAUGAGCACGGGUAGCGAUAGCAAAGAGGAGAUUGACUUGUUGCUAACUAAUUUAAAUAUGUCUGAGGUGAUAGACAUCAUGGAAAACCUUUACCCAGCUGGAGACCUUGCAGUGUACGAAGACAGCUUGAUUACAAUGUGUGAAGAGGCAAACCAAAACGAAGAACGUGCUGAAUCUUUACUGUUUUGUGAAGGGGAGGUUUCUUUGAUGUCCUCCGUCAAAUAUGGGACUGUGGAAGACCUGCUUGCUUUUGCAAAUCAGGUGUCUAACACUGCAAAACAGUUUAAAGGAUGUAGACAGCAAGAAUCCGGAAUCCUCUUGAAUAUGGUAUGUCCCUUUUAUAUCACACCCAAGAAUGGGCGCUAUCAAAUCGACUCAGAUGUGCUCCUGUUUCCGUGGAAGCUGACUUACAGGAACAUUGGCUCUGAUUUUAUUCCUCGGGGAGCUUUUGGGAAGGUGUACUUAGCCCAAGAUAGAGAAACCAAGAAACGAAUGGCAUGCAAACUGGUCCCAGUGGAACAGUUCAAACCGUCAGAUGUCGAAAUACAGGCAUGUUUCCGUCACGAAAACAUUGCCGAAUUAUACGGUGCUAUUUUGUGGGAUGAGACGAUCCAUCUCUUUAUGGAAGCUGGAGAGGGAGGAUCUGUCAUGGAGAAGCUGGAGAGUUGUGGUCCAAUGAGAGAAUUUGAAAUCAUUUGGGUGACAAAGCAUAUUUUGAAAGGACUUGACUUUCUCCACUCCAAGAGGAUUAUCCACCAUGAUAUCAAACCAAGCAACAUUGUCUUUAUGUCAACUAAGGCUGUUUUGGUGGAUUUUGGCCUAAGUGUCCAGAUGACUGAAGACAUAUACUAUCCCAAAGACCUUAGAGGAACCGAGAUUUACAUGAGCCCUGAAGUUAUCCUCUGCAGAGGCCACACAACAAAAGCGGACAUCUACAGCGUGGGAGCUACUAUUAUUCAUAUGCAAACUGGCAUCCCACCCUGGGUGAACAGAUACCCUCGUUCUGCAUAUCCAUCCUACCUCUAUAUUAUACACAAGCAAGCUCCCCCCUUAGAGGACAUUGCUGAAGACUGCAGCACUUCUAUGAGAGAGUUGCUGGAAGCAGCUCUAGAAAGGAAUCCGAAUCAUAGGCUGUCUGCAGCAGACCUGCUGAAACACGAAGCCUUACACCCACCCCCAGAAGAUCAACCGCGGUGCCAGAGUCUGGACUCGGCAUUGUUUGAGAGGAAGAGACUACUCGCAAGGAAGGAGCUGCAGUUGCCAGAAAACAUUACAGAUUCCUCAUUGUGUACCGGGAGCAUGGAAGAGUCGGACCUGCUAAAGAGGCAAAGAUCACUCUACAUAGAUCUUGGAGCUCUAGCUGGUUACUUCAAUAUUGUUAGGGGUCCACCAGCCUUAGAAUACGACUGACUCAGUAACGUUGUAUGUCGGCACGUCAGAAAUGGACCUCUACCUCUUAAAACUUGACUUUAAGACUUGAUUUUCAAAUUUGUACAUAAAAAAUAUUGCCAUUGUAGACUGUAAAAUGUGAAUAGUGUUUAAUUGCACAGAUGAUUAAGCUAAACCCUUAACGGGCUCUGAUAAGCUGAUCCCAAGCAACGAUAUUUGUGCGUCUGCUGGCUGACCAACAAGAAGACGGCAAACAGAACACUGCUGGGCAUGUCUUAAUCCAGGAUAUCUUCCUGUGCUGGGCCUUGCACUUUUAUAAAAUUUGUAAUAUAUGCUUGCAAAUACCGCCA